AGCGAAGCGCACGGCCGAGCGGAGCCAUGCCCACGAACUUCACCGUGGUGCCGGUGGAGGCGCGCGCCGACGGCGCCGGGGACGAGACGGCCGAGCGCGCGGAGGAGCAGCCGGGGUCCACCGAGGGCGCCGAGCCUGCCUGCCCCAGCCCGGGAGAUGGAAACCCCAGGGAGAACAGUCCAUUCAUCAACAAUGUGGAGGUGGAGAGAGAGAGCUACUUCGAGGGGAAGAAUAUGGCGCUUUUUGAGGAAGAGAUGGACAGCAACCCCAUGGUAUCGUCACUGCUGAACAAGCUGGCCAACUAUACCAAUCUAAGUCAGGGUGUGGUGGAACAUGAGGAGGAUGAGGACAGCCGGAGGCGGGAGGUCAAGGCCCCGCGCAUGGGCACCUUCAUCGGAGUCUACCUGCCCUGCCUGCAGAAUAUCCUAGGUGUCAUCCUUUUCCUGCGCCUGACCUGGAUCGUGGGGGCUGCUGGCGUCCUGGAAUCCUUCCUCAUUGUGUCCAUGUGCUGUACCUGUACAAUGCUAACUGCCAUCUCCAUGAGUGCCAUCGCUACCAACGGUGUGGUCCCAGCGGGAGGCUCGUACUACAUGAUCUCCCGGUCACUGGGACCUGAGUUUGGAGGGGCUGUUGGCCUCUGCUUCUACCUGGGCACGACAUUUGCAGGUGCCAUGUACAUCUUGGGCACCAUCGAGAUCUUCCUGACCUACAUCUCCCCAAGUGCAGCCGUCUUCCAGGCAGAGUCGGCAGAUGGGGAGGCUGCUGCGCUGCUGAACAACAUGCGUGUGUAUGGCAGCUGCGCCUUGGCCCUCAUGGCCGUGGUGGUCUUUGUGGGUGUCAAAUACGUCAACAAGCUGGCACUGGUCUUCCUGGCCUGCGUCGUACUCUCCAUCCUGGCCAUUUACGCUGGUGUCAUCAAGACAGCCUUUGCCCCGCCCGACAUCCCGGUCUGUCUUCUUGGAAACCGCACACUGGCAAAACGUAACUUCGAGGCCUGUGCAAAGAUGCAGGUUGUCAACAAUGAGACGGUGACCACUGCUCUCUGGCACCUCUUCUGCAAUGGCUCUAGCCUGAGUGCCACCUGUGAUGAGUACUUUAUGCAGAACAAUGUCACCGAGAUCCAAGGCAUACCUGGUGUGGCCAGUGGCGUCUUCCUGGAUAACCUGUGGAGCACAUACUCAGACAAGGGGGCAUUUGUGGAAAAGAAGGGUGUGUCUUCCGUGCCUGUGCCCGAGGAGAGCCGACCUGGAGGACUGCCGUACGUCCUCACGGACAUCAUGACCUACUUCACCAUGCUGGUUGGCAUCUACUUCCCCUCCGUGACUGGGAUCAUGGCGGGAUCUAACCGCUCCGGGGACCUCAAGGAUGCCCAGAAGUCCAUCCCUACAGGGACUAUUCUGGCCAUUGUGACCACAUCUUUCAUUUAUCUUUCCUGUAUAGUGCUAUUUGGAGCCUGCAUUGAAGGUGUGGUCUUGAGAGAUAAGUUUGGGGAGGCCCUGCAGGGGAACCUGGUCAUUGGCAUGCUGGCCUGGCCAUCCCCCUGGGUCAUUGUUAUUGGCUCCUUCUUCUCUACCUGUGGUGCUGGUCUACAGAGCCUGACUGGGGCUCCCCGCCUGCUGCAGGCCAUUGCCCGAGAUGGUAUCAUCCCCUUCCUGCAGGUGUUUGGCCAUGGGAAGGCCAACGGGGAGCCCACAUGGGCCCUGCUGCUCACAGCCCUCAUCUGUGAGACAGGCAUCCUCAUCGCCUCCCUGGACAGCGUGGCCCCCAUCCUGUCCAUGUUCUUCCUCAUGUGCUACAUGUUCGUGAACCUGGCCUGUGCUGUACAGACCCUGCUGCGCACACCCAACUGGCGUCCACGUUUCAAGUUCUACCACUGGACCCUCUCAUUCCUUGGCAUGAGUCUCUGCCUCGCCCUGAUGUUCAUCUGCUCCUGGUACUACGCCCUCUUCGCCAUGCUCAUCGCUGGUUGCAUCUACAAGUACAUCGAAUACCGAGGAGCCGAAAAGGAGUGGGGCGAUGGCAUUAGGGGUCUGUCACUGAAUGCUGCCCGCUAUGCCCUGCUGCGUGUGGAACAUGGACCCCCCCAUACCAAGAACUGGAGGCCCCAAGUGUUGGUGAUGCUGAACCUGGACAGUGAGCAGUGUGUGAAGCACCCCCGCCUCCUGUCUUUCACCUCACAGCUAAAGGCUGGCAAGGGACUGACCAUCGUGGGCUCUGUGCUGGAGGGCACCUACUUAGACAAGCAUGUGGAGGCCCAGCGGGCUGAAGAGAACAUCCGGUCCCUGAUGGGUGCAGAGAAGACCAAAGGCUUCUGUCAGCUGGUGGUGUCCUCCAAUCUGCGGGAUGGCGCGUCCCACCUCAUCCAGUCAGCUGGUCUUGGGGGCAUGAAGCACAACACUGUGCUCAUGGCCUGGCCCGAGACCUGGAAGCAGACAGACAAUCCUUUUUCCUGGAAGAACUUUGUGGAUACCGUCCGAGACACGACAGCAGCACACCAAGCACUGUUGGUAGCCAAAAACAUUGACCUGUUCCCGCAAAACCAAGAGCGUUUCAGUGAUGGGAACAUCGACGUGUGGUGGAUCGUGCAUGAUGGGGGCAUGCUCAUGUUGCUGCCUUUCUUGCUGCGUCAGCACAAGGUGUGGCGGAAGUGCCGGAUGCGCAUCUUCACAGUGGCCCAGGUGGACGACAACAGCAUCCAGAUGAAGAAGGACCUGCAGAUGUUUCUGUACCACCUCAGAAUCAGUGCUGAGGUGGAGGUGGUGGAGAUGGUUGAAAACGACAUUUCUGCAUUCACCUACGAGAAGACACUGAUGAUGGAACAGAGGUCGCAGAUGCUUAAGCAGAUGCAGCUAUCAAAGAAUGAGCGGGAGAGAGAGGCCCAGCUGAUUCAUGACAGGAACACAGCAUCCCACACCACAGCAGCUGCUCGAACCCAAGCCCCACCAACGCCCGACAAAGUGCAGAUGACCUGGACGAAAGAAAAGCUGAUAGCAGAGAAGCACAGAAACAAGGACACCGGUGCAUCGGGCUUCAAAGACCUGUUCAGCCUGAAGCCAGAGUGGGGAAACCUGGACCAGUCCAACGUCAGGAGGAUGCACACUGCAGUGAAGCUCAAUGGCGUUGUCCUCAGCAAGUCCCAGGAUGCCCAGCUGGUCCUGCUGAAUAUGCCAGGGCCCCCUAAAAACCGGCAAGGAGACGAGAACUACAUGGAGUUUCUUGAGGUCUUGACUGAGGGGCUGAACAGGGUCCUGUUGGUCAGAGGUGGUGGCCGUGAGGUCAUUACCAUCUACUCCUAACACCCACAGCUUGGACACAACUGGAUAGGGUGGGGACUAUGCUGGCAGCCUGUGACCAUGCUGAGGCCCACCAGGAUGCCACUCAGUGAUGGCCACUACCCUGUCAACUUGUGACCUGGCCCACCAAGAUGUUGCGGUAAUGCCAGUCACCCUGCCACGUCUGGCUUCCCACAUACAUUUUCUAACACCCCCUUGGGCUCCCUUCAAAUAGAAGCUCUAGAGGGAAUGUCUAGCGUGGUCUUGAGAGGGCAGGCUCCUGACAUUGUAUGGGGCAACGCUGGGUAUACCCAGGGACCCUGGAGUCAGCUCUCUGCUGUGGGCAGAGCCUCAUCUCCAGAUUCUAGGAUCACUUUUCUCAGCAGCCGACUGUCCAACAUUUGUGGCAGUUACAUUUCACUUCUACCCUGUCCAGCACACUCAUGAACAAGCAUAUAGUUCCUUGAGGUGGAGGCCAAAUGUCAGUGGGGCUGUGGUUCUCCAUUGGCUUGUCUCCUGUUUCUUUAAGCAUCUUUGCUGUGCUUUCUGUACAGCGAGUAAGCUGAGGAUUGCUCAUCUGUACCACAUUCCCUGACCACAUGCCUCAGGCACUGCUCCCUGGAAGUAGAGCCAGUAUUUGAGGUAGGCAUUGGUAUGGCUGGGUCCUGUGGUACCUGCCAGCUGUGUUCUCAGGAGUUUUUCUCCCUGGGAGCUCCUGCACAGUGAACCCUGGUUCUGUGGCACCAUAGCUAUCCACAACUAGUUCGCCUUCUUUCCUUUGGGAACCCAGCCACUUCAUUUCCUAAGCACUGAGCUGGGAGCCUCAAGUAGGUGACUCUACUGAGAGCCAGGGUGUAACAAGCAAAACCAAAACACUGAGACUUCUGCACACAGCCUGAUAGCAGGAGCCUCAGAAUGAGACCAAUGAUGUGGCCCAGCAUAUAGCUCUAUGCGUGUGCCAUGCCGCCCACCCCAGCCUAACACCCUCAGCAUCAGCAGCUGUGGCCCCAGGUCGCCGUGGCUGAGCCUCCUGUUCCCUGCCAUGGGUGUAGCCUUACUCUGCUGGGGCCACAGAAGCCUCUGUACCUUUCAAGAACCUGACAGGUGAUUUGCACUUUACCCUUGAGCAUUCUGCUCUGUAGGUCAUAGUCUGUGAGCAGCAGCAGUGAUCUGUGCCUCACUUUCUCUAUGGCAAAUUUAUUUAUUUAACCUUCCUGGGGGAGCACAAUAGAGAUGGCUUCUGUGUGGGGCCCCAUGCUUCCGCAGGGAAAUCAACCCUUGUCCACAUCCAUAAAGUUCCAGUUAGAGGUUCAGUUUGUACCUGCACAGGUUUCUUGGGCUUAGGCAUCCAAAGGUCAGCUUACCAGAGUGACUACUGCCUGGCAUGUGUCCCCCCAUAGCACAGUGGGGCCUGGAGUUUCUACUCCUGCUGCUUUGGCUCUGCUUUGACUUUGGCUUCUGAGCCACAUGCCCAGAGCAGAGCACGUGGGCACCUUUGUCAGUGGUCAGGAGUCAGUCUUAGGUGGCGGGUCUCUUCAGGUCCUGGAUCACUACUCACAAGAACUGCCUGUGAGAGCCUCGCCUGUGUUCAGCCUCCUCUCCCCUGCAAACUCUGUCCCUGGUAACCGGCCAUUCAAACCAGCUUCAUGUUUUCCUUUCGUAGGUUUUGACUUGGUUGGUGGGAGAAUAAAAUCCUGUGAAAUCUGA